AUGAGCGAGGCAACUACAAAUGGUGCUCCUGUUAAGAAGCAGCUUAUUCUCAAUGCUUUCGUAGAGUCAUGCAGUGGACACCAGUCGCCUGGUUUAUGGAGACAUCCAGACGAUCAGUCCACCGGCUUCAACAAGAUUCAGCAUUGGGUCAAGCUCGCUCAAUUGCUGGAAAAAGGCAAGUUUCAUGGCAUAUUCAUCGCUGAUGUCUUGGGCGCCUACGAUGUUUACAAAGGACCCAGAAACCCUGAUCCAGCAAUCAUCUCUGGUGCUCAAUGGCCCGUCAACGAGCCAUUGGCAACUGUGCCUGCUAUGGCAGCAGCUACUGAGAACAUUGGCUUCGGUGUCACAGUCUCGACUACCUAUGAGCAGCCUUACCAUCUGGCUAGACGUUUGAGCACAGUCGACCACUUGACUGGUGGCCGUGUUGGGUGGAAUGUUGUCACCGGUUACCUUGACUCGGCAGCCAGAAACCUGGGCCGCACUGAACAACCAGAACAUGAUGACCGCUACGCCAUGGCCGAAGAAUAUAUCGAAGUCAUGUACAAACUCUGGCAAUCCUCCUGGAGAGAUGACGCAGUCAAACUCGACCGUGAAAAGAUUGUCUACACCGAUCCAGCUCUAGUCCGAACCAUCGACCACGUAGGCAAAUACUACAACGUUCCUGGACCUCACAUCUGCCAGCCUUCGCCCCAGAGAACACCAGUCAUCCUCCAAGCCGGUACUUCCAAGGCUGGUAAAGAGUUUGGAGCAAGAAACGCAGAAGCCAUCUUUGUAUCUGGCCACAGUCCCUCCGUCCUCGCAAAGAACAUCGCCGACAUCCGUACUUUGGCAGUUGAGAAAUACGGUCGCAAGCGAGACAGCAUCAAGUUUCUUGCCUUGCUCUGCCCUAUCAUCGGCAAGACUCAAGAAGAGGCACAAGCAAAGUACGAGGAGUACCUUAGCUAUGGUUCGGAAGACGGUGCUUCUGCCUUGUUCGGAGGCUGGACUGGCAUCGAUCUCUCGACGUACGGCGAUGACGAGGAGCUUCGUCAUGUGCAGUCCAAUGCUGUCAGAUCAGCUGUCGAGGGCUGGUCGAAGAGCUCACCGAACGUUGCGAAGUGGACUAAGCACACUGUGGCCAACCACAUCAAGGUUGGUGGCCUAGGAGCCACUAUUGUUGGUACUGCAGAGCAUGUGGCCGAUGAACUAGAGCGUUGGGUUCAGGAGGCUGAUAUCGAUGGUUUCAACAUUGCUUACUCAGUGUACCCAAGAACGUUCGAGGAGGUGAUUGAGCAUCUGCUGCCUGUCCUUAGGAAGAGAGGGCUGUUCUGGGAAGACUAUGCCGUCCCUGGAGGUACUUACAGAGAGAACCUGUACGGCAAGGAGGGAUUGGCUCGACCUCCCCAAGACCAUCCCGCAGCUGCCUUCCACUGGAAGGCAGACUGA